CCGAGAGGCUGCAAAUAAAGCAGAUGUUUGUUGUGAAUUUCAGUGCUGUCUAGACUUUCUUUUACCAAAGCAGACAUUCAGGCUUUAACCUCUCAAGUUUUCUUUAGUAUGACAUUUUUCAACUAAUUCUGUGAGGUGAUUGUGGAGUAGAGUAGUUUAAAUAAAUAGAGAUGAAAUGGAGAAGUCAAGGAAAUUGAGGUCAGUGAAAGAUGAGGACCAGUUUUUUCACCAGGGUGCUGUGGAGCUGCUGGUCUUUAACUUCUUGCUCAUCCUUACGAUACUCACCAUUUGGCUGUUUAAAAACCACCGAUUCCGCUUUUUGCAUGAAACGGGAGGUGCCAUGGUUUACGGUCUCAUCAUGGGAUUAAUUUUACGGUACGCUACGGCACCUUCUGAUUUUGAAACUGGAAAUGUCUAUGACUGCGAGAAGCUCAAAGCAGGCUUGUCCACUCUGCUUGUCAACGUAUCUAAUAAAGUGUAUGAAUAUCAGUACAAACGAGAAAUCAGCCAGCAUAACGUCAAUGCACACCAAGGCAACAUGAUGUUACAAAAGAUGACUUUUGAUCCUUCAAUCUUCUUCAAUGUUUUAUUGCCUCCCAUCAUAUUUCAUGCGGGGUACAGUUUAAAGAAAAGACAUUUUUUUCGCAACUUAGGAUCUAUUUUAGCAUAUGCCUUUUUGGGGACUGCCAUCUCUUGCAUUGUUAUAGGGUUGAUAAUGUAUGGCUUUGUAAAGGCCAUGGUCCAGGUUAGCCAGCUGAAGAAUGGUGACUUUCACUUCACUGACUGUUUAUUUUUUGGUUCUUUGAUGUCCGCUACAGAUCCAGUGACAGUCCUGGCUAUUUUCCAUGAGCUUCAUGUUGAUACGGAUCUCUACACCCUCCUUUUUGGUGAAAGUGUCCUAAAUGAUGCUGUGGCUAUAGUUCUCACAUAUUCAAUAUCAAUUUACAGUCCCAAGGAGAAUCCCAAUGCCUUUGAUGCGGCUGCCUUCUUCCAGUCAGUGGGGAAUUUUCUAGGGAUCUUUGCUGGAUCGUUUGCCAUGGGGUCUGCCUAUGCUGUGGUUGCUGCUUUAUUGACAAAAUUCACAAAGCUGUGUGAGUUCCCUAUGUUAGAAACUGGCCUGUUUUUCCUUUUGUCAUGGAGUGCCUUCUUGUCUGCCGAAGCUGCUGGUCUUACAGGAAUAGUGGCAGUCCUCUUUUGUGGAGUCACACAAGCCCAUUAUACAUACAACAAUCUGUCAGCAGACUCCAAAAUGAGAACUAAACAGUUGUUCGAGUUCAUGAACUUUUUGGCUGAGAAUGUUAUCUUCUGUUAUAUGGGAUUAGCAUUGUUCACUUUCCAAAAUCACAUCUUCAAUCCACUGUUUAUAUUUGGAGCAUUUGUGGCAAUUUUCAUAGCAAGAGCCUGUAACAUAUACCCAAUUACGUUCAUUCUCAACUUGGGCCGAAAACAAAAGAUUCCCAGGAAUUUCCAACAUAUGAUGAUGUUCUCAGGUUUACGUGGUGCAAUUGCAUUUGCACUGGCUAUCCGGGACACCGAAUCUCAGCCUAAGCAAACAAUGUUUACAACCACAUUACUGAUUGUAUUCUUCACAGUCUGGGUGUUUGGAGGAGGCACCACACCAAUGCUUGCAUGGCUUCAAAUCAGGGUUGGUAUAGAUCCAGAUGAAGAUCUGAAGACAGAAACUGCUACUCAGGCUCCAAAUAACCUGGAGAGAAACACAACCAAGGCAGAAAGCGCUUGGCUCUUCAGAAUAUGGUAUGGUUUUGACCAUAAAUAUUUGAAGCCAAUUCUCACCCAUUCUGGCCCACCACUAACUACAACAUUACCGGAAUGGUGCAAUCCUGUGGCCAGAUUGCUGACUAGCCCUAGAGCAUAUGGCGAGCAACUGAAGGAUGAUGAUAUGGACUUCAUUGUUAGUAAUGAUGAACUGUCUAUGAAUUCUGCUGCUACAGAUCUUUCUCCGAUGCCAGCAGAGAGCAAAAUAGAUUCACCCCAUCUUUCUGGCAAAGAAAACAUUUAUGAAGGAGACCUGGGCUUAGGUGGGUAUGAACUGCAAUCUGCAUCUGCCCCAGGCCAAUCCCAGUUGGUUUCCUCAGCCUGAAGUCCAGUGAAAAUGUAUAUCACAAGCAUCACAAGGAGCACAGAAGGAAGCCAUGUUUAUUAUGCAGAGCUUGAAAAUGUAUUAAGGGCAUAAAUUGAAAAGAAGCAAAACCUUGCUGAAUGUAUCCCUAGAGCAUGGAGGAAUGAGAAUUUAUUACUAUCCCUCUAUAUUAUUAUACAACUACAUUUAAUUUUUCUGACAGUGGCAAUUUUUAAUAAUGGAAUCGAGGGCACCGUCUGUCUGCUAUUGGGACAUUACAUAUGCACUCAUAGUCUCUGAUCAUGCUUCAUCAUUCCCAUUCCUAUCUCACAUACGUACAAAGGCCUUUGAAUGUUAUCCUUCUAAUUAAUUCAAUAGAGGGAAGGAUGGGGAUUUAGUUAACUACAGAGCAUGCUCCAAAGAUCACAGAACUUUUGAUGUUGUUGCUCCCUUGCCAGCACACUAUUCUGUGAUGCAAGGUGGACAAUUCUUCUGUACAAACUGGAGUGGGGGAGUUCUUUUUACCAUCACUUUUGCAAGCUUUACAUAUCUUUCAGUCCAUGGCAGGUUGCCAGCAAUGGGUUAAUAAUGUUGUGCACAAAAGCUAGGCAUUGACAAAUGAGCUGCUGAGUCCUACACAGAACAGUAAGAGUGGCCUUGAUAUUAUUAUUUUGAUUGAGUAUGAUCACUGGUGUAGACAGCAAUUGUGCUUCUUUCCCCACACCAUUUGUUGCUGUUUCUGUGCAGUGCUAGCUCGGAGCACUCUUUUGCUUAAUUUCCUAAUGUUCUAUGUUUACUUCAGGAACUGAGAGAGAGAAAGCAUAGUAUAUAAGACUUUCAAAAUAAGGUAUGCAAAACUGUUUUCAUAUACUCUGCAGUCUUAGAUAAUGCAGUGAGGAAUGAGACAGUCCUAGACACAUGACCACACUGCACAUUGGAGAAAAGGUCAUCUGAAUCAUCUGUCAUGAGCACAUGAACAUUACUGCUCAAACCCACAUAUUUGGAAGGUUUUGUGGUAGCAAACAGGUUAUGCUCUUGAAAAACUAUUCAAAUAGCUUGCUACAUUGCACAACACAAUAUGCACUGAGAAGGAGUCAAGAAGGGAUGGCUGUUGUUAAAUAAAUGCUAUGGAUAAGGCUGCUGGAGGUCUUCCUGGAUGAGACUGAUACCUUUAAGUGGGCAGCUUUUCCUGAUCCAACUGGCAGCCCUUUUCAUACCCAAAUAAAAUUGCCUUAUACCAAGUCAGACCAUUGUCAGUCUCACUCAAUAUUGCCUACCCUCAGGGCGAGCUCUGUCUCUGCACACAAAGCAUGAGCUCUGCUGCUGAAAUACAGCCUCUGUGUGCUACAUUAUCUACCCAUUAUGAUCCUCAUUACCUGCUGGGAAGGGGGAGGUUGCUGAACUGCACUAAGAACACAAGAAUGUAAUAAGGUCCUGCUGGCUCAGGCCAAUGGAUCAUCUACUCCAGCAUCCUGUUCUCACAGUGACCAACCAGUUGCCCAUUGAAAACCCACAAACAGGACCUGAGUGCAAAGAGUACUCUCCCCUCCUGCAGUUUCCAGCAACUGGUAUUCAGAAGCAUACUGCCUCUGACUAUGGAGGCAGAGCAUAGCCAUCAUGGCUAGCAGCCAGUGAUAGCCUUUUCUUCCAUAAAUUUGUCUAAUCUUUUAAAUCCAUCCAAGUUGGGUAGCUUUAUAGCAAGACAUAGGAGGAACUGUUAGCUUGAGAAGGAGGCUAUCCACAUGAUGGAGCUAUUAAACUGCAAUACAGUUUUAUAACUUCUCUAUGGUCUGCUGUUGUUUACAUUGCUCUCUAUCUGCUUGCCUGCUUCUUCCAGUAUGCUAAGAGCAUCUCAUGGCUACAAGUGUUCAACGCCUUUGUGGCCCUAUGGACAUGUAAUUUUGUUGCCAUCAUAGGUCCUCUGAUUAUUUUUCUCGCCCCCCCCCAAAAAAAGUAACAUCUUUUACAAAUUCUCCUUCACCUGUAGCAGUCAUACCUAAGUGCAAAUCAAUAUAUUUGCACUCUUCUGUUAUUUUGGCUUAACCAGCAUAUUUUAUACAAUUUCUCCAAAACGUUUCAUUCUGUUAGAGUGAAAAGACAGAAAGGGGAGGGGGUAAGAAGGAAGGUAUUUUCUGUGGAAAAUACUAUCCAGGCAAGAGAUAUGACUAGACUGAGGUUUAUUACAUUUAUAUAUCGUUCCCCAAAGUGAUCUACAACCAAGUAAAGAAAAUAUAAUUAUAAGAUCACAUAAGCUUAUUAAAAACAGAUUGAAUAAUACAAUAUCCUAUCAUUGGUGCUGCCCAAAUGCCCAGGAAAACAAAAACAUCUUUGCCUGGCCUAAAAUGAUGGGAAGUGAUAUUACUAUCCACUAUCCAGACGUCCUCAUUUCUGAUUUGCAGGAUUUUUGUUUACACACACUAGUCUAGUGAGAUAAGCAGAAGCUGGACAAUUUGCCUUUUGUAAUGUAAUGUAAUGUAAUGUAAUGUAAAUGUGCCUUUCUCCAGACUUAUGUACACUUUGAUAUGAAAUGUUUUCAAUGCAAAUAGCAAGACUGAGAUCAACAUAUUGUAUCAUAUACCUCAAAUCAUCGCUGAGAUUGCUGAGUCAUGAUAACAAUCUCAUGCAAACAACUUCCAGGGUCAACUGUGAGGAAUUGUUUCGUCCUUUUAUUCAGUGUUAGCACCUGACUCUUCAGCACCUGUGAACCUGGGGUGAAGUAUUUUGAAGGCGGAACAAACUGCAAAUACAUGCAAACUGCAAAUACUGGGGAUUGCAAAUACAUGCCUAGCAACUAAUACAUGCAUGUAUCUAAGGUCCCAUUUCCAUGGAAAACCCAUUACCACACAACUGAAGUGGAAAAGAGUGCUCAAAAUGUCAUAGGAUCACCCAUGUUAACAUGGGACAUAAGAACAUAAGGGCCCUGCUGGAUCAGGAAAAAGGCCCAUCUAACCAGCAGCCUGUUCUCACAGUGACCAACUGGAGGUCUAUGGGAAGCCUGCAAGCAAAAACAGAGUGCAACAUCACUCUGCCCACUUGUGGUUCUCAGCAACUGGUAUUCAGAGGCAUACUGCUUCCAACAGUGGAAAUAUAAAAUAGCCAUCAUUGUGUGUAGCUUUGAUAGCCUUGUCCUCCAUGAAUAUAUCUAAUUCAUCCCUAUGGCCACCACUACAUCUAGUAGAAGUGAAUUCCAUAGUUUAAUUAUGUGCUGUGUGAAGAAGUCCUGGUUUUUGUCUGUCCUGAAUCUUCCCACAUUCAGCUUCAUGGGAUGUACCUGAAAACUUCUCCUUUUCCACUUUCUCCACAUCAUGCAUAAUCUCAUACACCUCUAUGAUCACCACCUUUUACUUGCCUUUUUCCUAAACUAAAAAGCCCCAAAUGAUGUAACCUUUCUUCAUAGGGGAGUUGCUCCAACCUUUCUUGUUCUUGAACUAUGCACCGUAGCCUAGUGUGGGAUUCCCUGUCUGCCUUCAAAGGAAACUGUUAAGCAUACAAGAAAUGUAGCUAGUGGAUUUCAGGAGAGAUGAAAAAGCAUUCCAUACAGACCUUUAAUAACAGUGGUCACACUCUUUGGCCACAAUCCAGCACUGGGACUAUUCCUUUGAAACCGAUGCAUUUAAAGAUAACUAAUGCUGUACUAUAUUGUAUUUUAUUCCUAGCUCAGGAAUGCAGUUUCAGGUUGUUUAUUGCACAGUCAUGAAAAAGUUGCUACCAUACCAGUUAAGCCGUAAGGGAAAUGUUAUGGAACAAUGACUCAUAACUUUCGACAACAUUUGUAAUCUGUAAGAAUAAAUGUUAAGCCAUUGAAA